CGGCCUGACGCUGUACGUGCGUAGGCGCUUCCUCAACUUGACUAGCAGAAACAGCAAAAUAGAAGAUGUUGGUCCUGGUGUUAGGUGACCUGCACAUCCCCCACCGGUGCAACACCCUGCCAGCCAAGUUCAAGAAGCUGUUGGUCCCAGGGAAGAUCCAGCACAUUCUCUGCACAGGCAACCUCUGCACCAAGGAGAGCUAUGACUACCUGAAGACUCUCGCAGGAGACGUCCACAUAGUCCGAGGAGACUUCGACGAGAACCUGAACUACCCGGAGCAGAAGGUGGUGACAGUGGGCCAGUUUAAGAUCGGUCUCAUCCACGGCCACCAGGUGAUCCCCUGGGGCGACAUGGCCAGUCUGGCAGUGCUCCAGAGACAGCUUGAUGUCGACAUCCUCAUCUCCGGGCACACGCACAAGUUCGAGGCGUUCGAGAAUGAAAACAAGUUCUACAUCAACCCUGGUUCGGCCACAGGAGCCUACAGCGCACUGGAAAGCAACAUCAUCCCCUCUUUUGUAUUAAUGGACAUCCAGGCAUCGACAGUGGUGACGUACGUUUAUCAGCUCAUCGGAGACGACGUCAAGGUGGAGAGAAUCGAAUACAAGAAAUCUUAAAGGACGGCGUGAGGAGGAAGAGGAGGAGUAGGAGGAGGAGGCUCUGUGUAUCUUUUCAUUCCUUUCCACCAGGGGGCAGCAGCUCUCCUGCAGUCACCACAAUGUUAAUGCUGUAACAAACUGUUCAGUAACUUAACUCUAAAAGAAAAUAUGUAUUAUAUUGUUUAUAAGUCAUCAGCAUCUGCUUGUGUCCAAGCUGUCAUCUGGUAACUGUAGAGAAUGCAAUAAUGUCACACGUAUUUGUUAUCAAAAGAAAUAUUUGGUGCCAUUUUCUUUGCUUUUUUUUUUUGUUUGUUUUGUUAUUUUGGCCCUCGUCGUGUCCUGUAACCACCAGGCCUUUAGCUUCCUGUUGUCGGCCUUUUUUCAUUUAUUUCCCACAAUAAAGAUCUACUUUCACUCCA